AUGAAUAAAUCAAUUAUUCCUUAGAUAUUCAGUGGAUCAAAGAGCAAUUAAAUUUAGUCUUAAGAUUAUGUAACUCUUUCAAAAUUUGAGUCAAAUGAUAAAGAAACUCUUUUGAAAGAGGUGAAGAAAAAUUAGGAUAAAAAUGAAGAAUCUGAGAAGGUUUAAUUCUCUGUUCAAUACUCAGUAUUUGAAAAUGAAAUUGAAAAACAGAGCGCAGAGAACUUAGGUUAAAGCAAUAAACUUGCUUACCCAAAUCCAAUAAAACAAAUAAGAAUUCCAUUUGAUAAAAUUUAGUUUAUUCUAUAGCCAAUUUUAAAUGAGGGUAUAUUACAAUGUCAAAUUCGUAAAAUUAGAUCAUCAAAGUAAAAUUCAAAAUAUGAAAUGUCUAUUUUUGAAUACCCAAUGUUAACUGCUGAAUAAAUAGACAUCAAAUAAAAAAAGAAAAUUAUUUUUAAGUCAACUGGAAUCAAUUACUUUGCUGGCAAAAUAAAAUGGGAUAAAUAUGGCUAAAAUUUUAUAUUUUUGGAUAACAAGAUAAAUCCUAAAAAAUGUUCUACAAUUAGUAUGCAUAGAUUAUGCAUAGGAGGAGCUAAUUAUUAAAAAAAUGGAUUGAAGAAACCCCAUAAAAUUAAAGUAUACUUACCCGAAAUAACCUAAAGCAAUUAGAUGUUUGAAUACCGCUAACAAAAGUUUCAAUUUUUCGAGAAAUAGAGAAGCAGAAUAUUGUUCAGAAGCAAAGAUGUUUGUUUUACCAUUUUACAAUAGAGCUUUGAUAGCGUCGUCUAAGAAUUUAUAAUUUAUUUUUUCUUUUGGGGAAAAUUGAAAAAGGAUUAUACAAUCUCGAUUUCUAAUGGCCGAUCUCACCUUUGCAGGCCUUUUAGAUAGCUAUGUCAUGUUUCGUAUCUAGAGCUACUGAUUGAUUUAAUAAUUGAUAUUUACAUUAUCAAUUAAUAUAGUCUAAUAUGUUCCUUAAUCCUUAACUCAUAGAAGAUGCUUAAGAAUCUGCCAACCAAAAUCCUUAAUCUAGUUAAAGAUAAUAACCGAAAGGUCGAUCGAAUGUCACAAAGUUUUCAGCGAAAACAAAAGAAGAGCCUAAAUAAGAAAUAAUAAUCGAUUUAAGAGUUACAGAAAGAGAUAGAAAUACAAAAGAAAUAUGCAGAAAUUGAAAUCAAAUAGAAUGAUGAAAUGGUUGAAAGUUUAGUUUAAUUUAAUUCAGAUCCAGAAUAGGAAGACACAAUAAAAUAUACAAAUCCAUUAGUAGAUACUCAAAAUAAAUAGGAGGAACAAAAGCCUUAAUAAUAUACAAAACCACUGCCUACAUUAGAAUUUUAAGAGCUAAGUGUAUUAUAGAACAAUAAACAGUACAAAAAAAAACUUGGUCAAAAUGAGUCUACCUAUGGUCAGGAUUUCGAAUUAGAAAUUGAGAAAUUUGCUAUUAUUGGAAAUAAUCAUAACCAAUAUUAUGAGCCUGGACAAUAAUUAAGCCAAGAUGAUUCUUUACCUCAACUCUCAAAGCAAAAUCAUAAAAUAUAAUUUGUGUAAAGUGAAAAUUAGGAAACCAGACCAAAAGAAAAUAUUGCUCAAGAUGAUGAGGUGAUAAUUUAAAAAUAGACAAAUUAAGAAGAGGAGAAUAUAAUAUAAAAUAAUAAUAAUUAUCAGGAGUUAUAAGAAAUUAUAGUUCAAGAUGAAGAUGAGAAUGUGGAUGACGAUGGAUUGUUGUCUCAGUAAUAAAAAGAAUAAGAGAUAAGGAAAGAAUUGAAACAGCAGCAUGACAAAGUUUAAAUGGAUCUCACUAAUGAUACAUCUGAAAUUAUAGAAUAAUAACAGAGUAAGCAAGAAAUCCAAUAAGUUCAUUAAGAAUAACCUAAACAAACUUGUCCAUAUCCAAAGCCUCUCCCUUCCAUUGAAUUUCCCCACGGAAAGAAGCAUUUUCUUUUAAACCCAGCUCCCAAAGGAGGGAUGAUCUAAUGUACAAUCAAGAGAGAUAGAAGUGGAAUGAGCAGAUUUUAUCCAAAAUAUCAUCUUCACUUAUCAAAUGGAUUUUUGUAUUUGAUGAGUGCAAAGAAGAGGGCUUGUAAUAACACCAGCAAUUAUAUAAUAUCUAUGUCAAGAGAGGAUUUGGAAAAAGGGAAUAAUUUUAUCGGCAAAGUCAGAAGUAAUUUUAUGGGAACUGAAUUUGUCUUAUAUGAUGCAGGGUUGAAUCCUGAUAAAACAAAGGAUCAAUCUAAACUUCGAUAACAACUUGGCAUCGUUUAAUAUGAAAGCAAUAUUCUAGGAUCCAAAGGGCCAAGAAAAAUGGUGGUUUUAAUGCCGAAUUUGGAUGCUGAAGAUUAACUUUAUGUUUUCAAGCCAACUAAUUCCAAGGAUGGAAUACUGAAGGAAUUUUAAAAUAACAACAGAGAUCAUAUUGCAACAUAUGUCAAUCGGCCCCCUUAAUGGAAUAGCAAACACAAGGCUUUUGUUCUUAAUUUCUACUAAAGAGUAGAUAAGCCAAGUGUCAAAAAUUUUCAACUCAUAGUCGAUAAUAAGGAGGACAAUAUUUUACUGCAAUUUGGGAGAGUUGGAGAUGAUCUUUUUAAUUUAGAUUUCUAAUAUCCUAUUACUCCUUUACAGGCAUUUUAAAUUGCAUUAACCAGUUUUGACUACAAAAUUGCAUGUGAAUGA